AUGCAAUAAUUACAACUUUAUUUAUAAUUAAAGCAGUUAGAACAAAAUUGUAUACUUAUUAUUAAUCAUAUUUAGACGAUCGAUCAUAACAUUAACGUUUUGCAUUCCUAGCUUAUGAAUGUGAAUAAUAAUUAAGAGAUUAUUAAACCAAUAAAUCUAAUACUUAUAUUGCAUUAAUCAAUUAUAUUCAUUCUUAUGUAUACAAUCCUUUUCAUGGUAAUCCAUCAUCUCAUCAUCUCCAUAGAAUAAUAUUAAAUACAUAAGCAAUAAUCUAUUUAGAAAAUUAUAAUCAAAUCAAAUUUUAAUAAAAUUUAUAAAUUGCAUUACAAAUAGAUCAUCAAUUAUUACAAUAUUUUGAUAAUUAACUUCGUUGUAGUACAAUUGUUGAAGAAGAUGAUGAUCAAGAUAUCAAUCCAGAUACUCGUGAUUCAUUUAUCUUUGAUCCUAUGAAAGGAUUAAAAUUACAAUAAUUAAUUCAAUUCUUAUCAAAAUCAUCCAAAACAUACAAAUAUCCUAAACCAACACAACCUUUAAAUAAUAAUAUUAAUUCUCUACUCUUAAAAAAUAAUUAAAAUUAUCAUACUCAAAAUCUAUUUAAUAAUCUGAUUACAAAUCUGAUUAUCAAGAUAUUUAAGAUUUUUCAAAGUAAUUUAAUUAAGAUGAAGAAGAUUAUUAAUUAGAUAUAAUUAAUAUAAUCAAAAUUAAUUCUAUUAAAUACCUCAAGAUACUCAAUAAAGAGAUUAUGAUUAAUACGAUAUCCCUUAAUUUGGAAGUUAUGGUAAUCUUAUUCAUAUAUCAUUAUCUUAGAUUCACUCACUUUCUAAUAAUACCUUUAAGAAUAAAUCUAAUUCUAUUAAAUUAAGAAUAACCAAAUCAAGUUUGGAUAAACCUCUCUUAUUUCAAUCUCCAUUACAAUAAGAUCUACUUAAUACAUUUGAAUUAACUAAUCCUAACAAUAAUAUUUAAACUACUUAAAAUCAAAUUAUUUUUACAGCUCAGAAACUUAAAAUACUCCUAAUAAACUAUUUCAUAAUAACCUAUUAUACUUCAUAAAGACUUGCUUAAUAAUAUAAAAAAUAACCAUAAAUUUAAUAAGUUUCUUUAUUAGGUAGUUUAUUCACUCCUUAAGUUUUAAAGGAAAUGCAAUAUUUAAAUGAUGAUUUAUUACCAUAAUAAGAAUAUACUAUAUCUUUAUAAUAUUAAGAAAUUACUGUUGAAAAGAAGAUAGAAGAAAAUACUAAUAAUAAUAAUAAUAAUCUUGUUAAUCAUAACCUCAAUCUUAAUUCUCUUUUUAAUUUAAAACUAUUGAAACAAAAUAAAGAAAACAAACUCAUCCAACCUUUUCUCCAUUUCGAACUUAAAUGA